AUGCAAGAGGAGAUUCGACGGCAGCAGAUUGAGAGAUUAGUAAUGUAUUCCUUAGAUGGGAGUAAGCAAGUCGAAGCAUUAAAUUUACUAACAGAGUGUUUAACAUACGACGAUUACAUUUCGAUCUUAUUUCACGAGUUAUUAAACACACAAAAUUCCUCUGCGAGUCAAAUGAUUUGUGUGUUAAUUAAACAAGCGAUCAACAAAGGGAAGUCCUUUGACCAUCAAACAGCUCUGACUAUAUUAAUUUCUAAAUUAGACACUCUCAAACACAUCGGCGUCGUCUUAUUAACACACAUCUUCUUAUUAGCAGAUCAAUCACUUCAAAAGGAAAUCUUUCAAUGGGCUUUAACCCAUUCGACGCAUCCACUCUUCAUCGAUGUAGUCUCUACAAUCAUCACCGAUUGUUACUCCUCUCUCGGCCCAUCUUUCGAAGUAGAAAUCUCACAAAUUGUCCGUCUUGUGACCCCUCAAAUCGCUUCAACUACAGCAGGAAACGUCUCCCAAAUCAUUUUGAUGUUAAAGGAGAUCUCCUAUUCCCCACCCCCUGACUUCCCUAAUCUCUACGUCGACCUUCUUAAUCAUCUCCUUCACCUCUUACCUACAGCAAACGUCAACUUAAAACUCGCUAUCGGUAAAUUCAUCUGCGAAGCCCCUUUUGUAGUUAAAAAGGCCCCAGAAUUCACAGAUCCCCUCAUUAACGCGUGUUUCCUCCUCAUCACCGACCAGGCAGACGACAUCUUUGUCACCGGGUGCGACUUGUUGGAAGCACUCAUCUCAGCGUUCCCAGAGAAGUUGGACCCUUUCACUUUUAAAUUACUUCUCCCCCGUCUUGUCUUAUCUCAAAAUGAACAAACAGAACUCUUAGAAGGGAAUUGCGACGACGAGG